AUGGCGGAAGAGGAGUUUGAGCUGAGCUCGCAGCAUAACGGGUUUAAUGGCACAGCGACGAGCAUGAAGACGCUCUUGGAGGUGGUUCAUUUCAACUACGCCUGGGUUUUGUUCGCUUUAUUCCUGGUGGCAUUCGUUACAAACAGUAUCCUCACUGCCGAACCCUCGUCCGAGUCGAAAGAGCCCAUCCUCACAGGGCCGGGGGGCAAGCCAUUGCCUCGCUCGGGUCGUAAAUAUGAGGAGGAGCGAGAAAAGAAAAAGAAGCUCAAAGACUUCAGUGCAGGCCGCAAGCUUGUCUUUCUCUACCUGUGUGCUGCACUCCUCGCUACGUUCGUUGCCAACGGGGUCAGCACUGUCGUUCAUGCCCUGACCACUAAUGAGGAAGGGGGUUGGUGGUGUGGUGAAGCUACAGCUAUAUAUUAUUGCGCUUCGGCGUUCUUCUACAGCAUAUUCCUUAUCUCCCUCGUCGACACCACACCAUCCCCGAGCAUUGUCCACCAGCUGACCUGGGUAACGUCUCUCGUUGGAGAAUUGAUAUUGCUAGGGGGCACAAUCGCACUCUACACUUCUCCGCACCAAGCAAUCAACUCCCUCCGCGGCAAAAAUCAGAAAACAAGAAGGUCCCCAAAUGAGUGGGAAGUGGUCGAAAUCAUUAUUGGCAUCGUUCGGGUGAUAAUACUUUUGUUCCUCGUUGGAUUCUACACUGUUUUCUCACUUGAACGUCGCUACAAAAGCAGAAUCUCGGCUCGUCGGACCGCCGACCUUGAUGAACGUGCUCCUCUGCUUGUCAACGGUCAAGCAAAUGGCAAUGGCCAUGUUUCUGCAAAUGGGACUAUCAGAAACGGUAGUCCUACGGCUCCCGGGGCAGUAAACGGAACUACCAUGGGAGGUGGUGUACUUGACGGCAGCAUUAACGCGUCUGCACCGGAUGGAACUACCAGUGAACAUCAUACUCCACGUCGAAGCCUGGAUGAGAACCCCGCCUUCUAUAAACCUACAACUGUGCCGAAUAGGACGUGGUGGGAAUAUAUCAAGGGCUAUUCCUUGUUCUUCCCAUAUCUAUGGCCUAGUAAAUCUGUCCGGCUCCAGUUGAUUGUCCUGGUUUGUUUUGUGCUGGUGGUUCUUCAACGUGUGGUCAAUAUUGCUGUGCCGUUACAGAUCGGGACGGUGACAAACGAGCUAUCAAACAAGGAUGGCAAGACCCCUGGGAUGCCAUGGCGAUCCAUCUCGCUACUUAUCCUUUUCAAGUUUCUCCAGGGAACUUCUGGUAUCCUGGGAGCCAUGAGAUCCGUGCUUUGGAUUCCAAUCUCCCAGUACUCCUACAAAGCCUUAACGACCGCUUCCUUCGAGCAUGUUCACAGCCUCAGUCUCGAUUUCCACCUUGGAAAACGCACGGGAGAGGUUCUGUCGGCUUUAAGUAAAGGCAAUGCCAUCAACAAUUUUCUUGAGCAAGCGACCUUCCAGGUGCUUCCCAUGGUGUUCGAUCUCGGAGUCGCUAUCGUUUACUUUGGCAUCGCCUUUGAUGCAUCCUAUGCCCUUAUCGUUGCGAUCAUAACCUUCUCAUACUUGUAUUUGACGAUACGCAUGGCUCGCUGGCGCUCUGACCAGCGUCGUCAGAUGACGAAUCUGAGCAGGGAAGAGGACGCUGUCAAAAACGACUCGCUGACCUCGUAUGAAACCGUCAAAUAUUUCAAUGCUGAAGAGUACGAGUUUAACCGAUAUCGCCAAGCGGUCGGUGCCUUUCAAAAGAUGGAGUACAAAGUCAUCAUCUCUUUGAACGUCCUGAAUAUCUCACAGAACUUGGUAUUCAUGGCUGGUCUUCUAGCCACUUCAUUUAUUUCGGCUUAUCAGGUCACAACUGGGGUCCGGGCUGUUGGGGACUUCGUUACCUUGUUGACCUACAUGGCUCAGCUCCAGCAGCCACUGAACUUCUUCGGUACCUUUUAUCGUAGUGUCCAGAGUGCAAUGAUCAGUGGCGAACGACUUUUGGAGCUGUUCAAGGAGCAGCCAACCGUUGUAGACGACCCUGAGGCUCUCGACAUGCCGACUUGUGAAGGCCAGAUUCGUUUCCAGAACGUCAAGUUUUCAUACGAUUACCGCAAGCCAGCGCUGGAGAAUCUGAGCUUUACCUGUCGUCCAGGUACAACCACUGCCUUUGUUGGCGAAUCCGGAGGGGGGAAGUCCACCGUAUUCAGGCUACUUUUCCGCUUUUACAAUGCUCAGGAUGGCAGCAUUCAGUUGGAUAACAAUGAUAUCAAGGACAUCACCAUUGAUUCCCUGCGGCAUCAUAUCGGCGUGGUUCCCCAAGAUACAAUUUUGUUCAACGAGACGCUCAUGUAUAACUUGAAGUAUGCCAACCAAAACGCCACCGAUGAAGACAUAUAUGCAGCCUGCAGAGCCGCCUCUAUCCAUGACAAAAUCAUGGCAUUUCCAGAUGGGUAUGAAACUAAGGUUGGCGAACGUGGUCUUCGUCUAAGUGGUGGUGAGAAGCAACGUGUUGCAAUUGCACGGACUAUUAUCAAAAACCCACGUAUUAUCAUGCUGGACGAAGCUACUGCAGCACUGGACUCGGAUACGGAGCAGAAUAUCCAAGAAGCAUUGAGAGCAUUGUCAGAGGGAAGAACGAUGCUUGUGAUUGCUCAUCGUUUGUCAACGAUUACAGCUGCAGAUCAGAUCCUUGUUUUACAUGCAGGAAUGGUUGCGGAAUCAGGAACCCAUCAGGAGCUAUUAGCCCUCAAAGGUCGCUAUUAUAACAUGUGGAGAAAACAGAUUCGAGCAGAACAAGCGGCCGAGCAAGCAUCUCGUGCUGUUGCAAAAGCUAACGCUCUCAGGGAAGCUGCCAUGGAUCGGCCUGGAAGCUCUGGUAACGGUGGCCCAAGUGAGGAUUCCAGCGAGAGCGAGGCGGAUGCUCGGAGUACCAACACUUUGAGUAUCCCGGCUCCGGCUUCCAGAGUUGAUGGGGCUGCAGAAAACCCUCGCGGCGCCGGUUCCUCGGUGACGGGGUCCAAUGUUGACACCCUAGUUGACGACGCUUCAGAGUAUGCUAGGCCAUAUAAUAAUAGCACAGCAAGGCAAAAUACAUCAAGAGAACAGCAAAAUGCUGAGGCCCAACCAAAUACAGCCCACGACGCCUCAUCAGACGACGGUCGGGUGACCGCUCAGCUAGCGGGAAAUACCCUACCAUAA